CCUUUCACGUCACAUGAUUAAACAUGGCGGCGUCUAUGUCUUCAAUCUAUCACGUGACUUCUCGAAAUGAGUGGUGAUUGGCUAAUGAAUUCUAUAUUCGGCCGAAUGCUUCGGCGAAGCGGACACACCAGGCGAAUAUAAUUCAGCCGAAUAUAUCAAACCUGUUUGAUUCGGGCGAAUCAUUCGGCCGAAUGACAGUGGACACACUAGGCGAAUUUCGACGCCGAUUGAUUCGGCCGAAUCAUUCGGCUAGUGUGUCCACCGCUUAACAUCAGGAUCUGAGAAUAUUUAUCAUUUUAGGUCUUGAUCCAGCUAAAGUUGAAAAAUUUAUGAAAGAAAGAAGGAAACUGGUGAAAACUAAAAUAAAUGAAAUUCAUGAGCUGAAGAAGAGAUUAAAUGACCUCAAUUCAAGAGUUGACAGUUUUCAGACUUUGAAGAAACAAAUGGGAAAGUUAUUGAUGAAAAUUGAAAUGAAACAUACUGAUCAAGGAAAAGAAGAUUCCGCAGUUUCAGAGAGAGCAAUUAGUAAACUGAAUUUUAAAAUGGUAAAAAUAGGAAAGUUGGCAUCCCUGUUACAGGCCGAAAUUUCUAAUAUGGUGCAUAAACGCCAAUCAGCAGCCCAGGAGUUACGCUCGUUACGCCUGAAGAACAGAAAAUCUGACUUGCUGUUAGAACAUGCUUUGGAUAAUAUCGAUAGAUUAGAGGUUUAUAUUGGAGCGUUAAAAAAAGAGGACGAUGAAAAUAAAAAUGAGGUAGAAGCUUUGAGAGGUAAAAAUGAACAGAUCAAUGAAUGGAUGAAAAAAUUGAAGAGAAAGGUGGAUGCAACACAUGCAGAAUUAAGGAACAGUCCUAUAGUAGUGAAAAUACUACAUAAUCAGAAGGUGUUGGCUGAAACAUUGGACAAUAUGGAAGGAAAAGUGACAACCUUUGAUAAUAAACAGAUUAAAUCAGACGAAACUUACGAUGAGUUGAGGGGAAGGGUUAUCGGUGAUGAAGCAGAUAGAAGAUCAUUAGAAAAUAGUUUGAUAUCCAUGAAAAAAACAUUGAAAGGUUUACAAGAUGAUUUCAAAAGAAUGCAGAAUCCCCAGUCAUCAGCCAACAUGGAACGUCUGAGAACUCUAACAAAUUUAAAGAAUGAGGUUUCGUUAUUAAAGAGAUCGAACGAGGAAGUGUACAAAAAUCUCAAACUAACUCGAAGUGAUUUGAUGGAUUUAGUUAAAGAUGUAGUCAAUACUAAAUUAGACGGACAGACAAAUCGUGCUGGAGUAACAGCUGUUGCCAUGGCACACAGACAUACACAACAAGUUUUCGAUGAGAUGUCAAAAGAACAGAAUAAUGUGUUAAAUAAGAUCAGUGUAAUAGAAGAUGUUUAUAGGAGAAUUCUGGAAGUUAUCCACAAUCUAGAAGUACAUCAAGUUAAACUCAAACAGGAAGUCUCACAUUUCGACGAGAGUAUUCAUAAAAUGACUCGCAGUUUUGAACGUUUGGUGGAUGAUAGCAAAAAUAAAAAACUGUCUGAUCAAGCAUCUUCAUUAGGUGAGGCUCUGUCUAAACUGACAUCAGAGAGUGUAUCAGAUUUAAAACUUGACAAACUGUCUCCUGUUAAACAACUCAAAUCAACAAAAACAGAGAGCUCUAAACCUCCACCUGCUGUUAAAAAACAACUCAAAUCAACAAAAACAGAGAGCUCUAAACCUCCACCUGCUGUUAAAAAACAACUCAAAUCAACAAAAACAGAGAGCUCUAAACCUCCACCUGCUGUUAAAAAACUUCCGAAUGAGAACCUGUCAUCUAAAUCAACUAGUUCCGGUGAAACUGCAGUACCAAACACCUCUGACAAAGAAAAAAUUGCAGAAAAUCUAAAAGAUAAAUUAAAGACUCUGACCGAUAUGAAAGAACAAGCUAUGAGAGCCAGGACACCGGAAUCUAAGAAGGAAAUAUCAGUCCCUUUAAAAGAAGGACUUGGGUCUGUUAAAAAAUCAUUUAAGCAUCUUCUGUUGCCAAAAAAUCUCAAGUUUACGGCGUUGAAACAUAAGACACCAAAGGAAAAGACGAAAAACAACACUAGAUUGCAUACUUCCGAAAAGUUACUUCAAAAUCAUUUAAACAAACGAAAAGAUUUGUUAUCCAAUAAGGUUUCUGAAAUUGAGUCUUCAUUAGGUGGCAAAAAGUCUCCAAAUAAAAAGUAUUUGCAGUCAUUAGAACAGAAGUUACAUUCACAAGAAAAGAAGUUCUAUGCACCAGAAAUAAAGUCACCAUUACCUGAAAAAUUGUCCACAUUACCUAAAAGGUUGUCCACAUUACUUGAAAAGAAGUCCACAUUACCUGAAAAGGAGUCCACAUUACCUGAAAAGGAGUCCACAUUACCUGAAGAGAAGUCCACAUUACCUGAAAAGGAGUCCACAUUACCUGAAGAGGAGUCCACAUUACCUGAAAAGGAGUCCACAUUACCUGAAAAGGAGUCCACAUUACCUGCAGAGAAGUCCACAUUACCUGAAAAGGAGUCCACAUUACCUGAAAAGGAGUCCACAUUACCGGAAAAGAGUUCACCAGUACCAGAAAAGAGCUCUCCAUUAGCUAAAAAGAAGUCUUCAUUACAAAAGAAAAAGUUAAACAAAAAACGAAGAAAGGGGAAACGACGACGGCGGAGACGUAAAAAUAAAGGCCGUAGGAAGAAACUAAGACGAAAGAGAAAACCACAGGGAUAAAAAGUUUAAGAGAGAUUUACCGGUAGUUUGUAUAGCUAUCUAUCUAUCUAAGCUAUCAUGCUAGUUUGUGUAGCUAGCUAUCUAAGCUAUCAUGCUAGUUUGUGUAGCUAUCUAUCUAAGCUAUCAUGCUAGGUUGUGUAGCUAUAUAUGUAGCUAGAUUGUGUGUGUAGCUAUCUAUCUAAGCUAUCAUGCUAGUUUGUGUAGCUAUCUAUCUAAGCUAUCAUGCUAGGUUGUGUAGCUAUAUAUGUAAGCUAUCAUGCUAGGUUGUGUAGCUUUAUAUGUAAGCUAUCAUGCUAGAUUGUGUGUGUAGCUAUCUAUCUAAGCUAUCAUGCUAGUUUGUGUAGCUAUCUAUCUAAGCUAUCAUGCUAAUUUGUGUAGCUAUCUAUCUAAGUUAAAUUCAUUCUUUUCAUUAUUUAUUAUUAAACUGUGAUCUGAUGUUAAGAAAAAAAUG